AUGGAGCUGGAAAGGUACACAUAGUUUAUUAUAAUUAUAUUAUUUUUGUAUACAAUGAAAUCCCGUAAGUAUCGGUCACUCUCGGUCGCUUAAAUUUUGUCCGCUAUUCAGAUGUGUCCGUUAUUUAGAGUGAGAAAUUGUAUUUUUAUUAAAACAAUUAAUUAAAAAAAUUUUAUUUUUAUAUUAAUUAAAUCAGGAUUGGAACGUAUAAUACAGUAAAGUAAACAUGUAUUAUACUGUAUACAAUUUUUUUUUUUUUUUGCUACAACUGAAUAGAAAUUAUCAGGUAAAAUAAUUGUCAAUUGAAUUUAAUUAUCAUUUGAUAUAUCUUAUAUUAAUUACCUAAGAUAUGUGUUAUAUUUUAUUAUGAUUUGUUGUUUUAAUUACUAAGUAAUAAUUACAUCUAUUAUUCUUUAUUUAUAACUACAUUCAUAUUUUUAUAAUAUAUUAAUACCAAAAAAUUAUUUGUUUUGUAUUUAUUUUAUUCUAAAUUUAAGAAAAUUCACCAAACUGAUGUAAUUUGUUAUAUUAAUUAAUUAUAAGUUUAUUAAAUAAUUUUUGAAAUUUAAAAUUUAUAGUAUUAUUACUAUUAUAAAAAAGUUAAAAAAAAAUGUCUAGUUUUCAUAAAGUUUUAUAAGUUCUAGUCAUUUUAUAACUUUUAUACGUGAGUUUUUAUACGUGUAACAUAUAAAAUGUUUUAUAUGUGUAUAUUACCAACUUUGAAUUAAAUACAUCAGAAAGUUACAAUAUUUCAUCGACACGAUAAUAUGUCAACGACUAGACGGAUAUUAUAAGAUAUACGUCAUGAAUACUGUAUAAUAAUGUACAUACAUAGUAAAAAAAGAUAACUCAAUAGUGUAGAUUUUUAUUCAGGUAUUCUAUAAUUAUUUUUAAUUUACGAUUCUACGAAACCUACGAAAAUGAUCAGUAUCAAUGUUAAAAAGUGUCCACUAUUAAGAGGUAUCCGUUAAGGAGGUUUCACUGCGGUUUUGUAUAAUUUAUAACAGUUUUUUUUCAACCUAAGACAUAAUAAUUAUAUAAGAAUCUCGGUCACCACUAAUGAAUUUAGUAACAUUAUUAAUUAUAUAUUCCGAUCUUCAUUUAUAUCUAAGAUAUAAUAUUGUUUUUUGUUUCUAUAAAAUAAAUACAAGAGAUCAGUCACCCAAAGAAUUUUGGUUUGUUAAUUUUUAGUUUUAAUCACUUUAUUUUUAAAUAAUUAUUCACUUUUUUACAAAUUGUUACCUUUUGAUUUCUGCGAUUGUAACUUUAAACUGUUAUAAGGUAAAAUUGACACAAAAGGUUGAGUGAAAAGCAUUUAAUAAUGAAUGAAUUAUUAAUUAUUAAUGUCAUAAUAACUAAUUUCUUUUUUACCAAUUAUUUCUAGAUCUAUUGAUCCAAUACUGGAUGAAUCAGAUGAACCAGAUGAACCAAUCAACUAUUUUUACAAUGGAGUGACUGGAACAAAACUUGUAAGAAAUAAAAACAAUACAUUUGUAUUUCAUUAAAAUUAUAUUACAAUUACAAUCUAAUAUAUUAUUAGAAAAAAAAGGACAAAUUAAUGGUGAUAGCUCAACUAACAUUUUCUCCAAGUCCAUUGGUACACCAUCUGGACCUACCGCUUUUUUACUUUUCAUUACUCUAACAGCCCACCAUACUUCCUCACUAAAACUACCAGACCUUUGUUCCACGAAAAAUACUCUAAAAUCUUUUUUGGGUACUGCUUGUUUAGUAAUUCCUCUAAAAACUUACGCCAUCUUUCUUUUGUAUCCACAUUAUUCGUUUAAAACCCUUUUGUCUUCACUUAUUAUACAUUAUGGAAAUCCCUGGCCGUUAUUUUCGAACCUUGGCCAAUCGACAUAUUUCAUUUUCGCCUACUUUUGUUCCUAAUCUCUCAUAUAAUUCAUCAUAUUACUUUAUUAGAAACCGAUAUUGACAUUUGAAAUAGACUGGAAUAUAUUGUUUUUAUAAUGAUGUUUAUUUUAGAUUCUGUGUAUAACGAAGGAUUUUACUAUGAUGUGUGUUUUUAUGUUAUCGUUAUUAUCAAUUUUUUAUAUGUGAACAACAUUUCUAUCAUGAAAUCUUCCUUCAAUGUACAGAGUGUAACACUUUUUCUGAACGGUAAUUUUAUUUGGUUAGUGAACUAAAGACGGCAAUUAUUUAAUUUUCUGAAUAGUUAUCAAAAUAAUAUUAGAAAAAAUUCGAAAAAAAAUUGUAGGUAAAACGGCAAAUAUUAACAGCACGCUACGGCGUUACCAAUUUCAUUAUUCUAAAUUUGUAUACACGGUAUUUUCUACCAGAAAUAUUAAUCUAAUUGAAAAAUAACAAGGAACUUUUUUUGUUGAAUUCGUAAUUUGGUUUAUGAUUUAUUAAGGAGUUUUUUGAUUUUCUGUGUAGUUUUUUAAUAAUUGAGCCAAACCAAAAUAAAAACGUAGAAGGAACGGGACAAUUUUCACGUAGUUUUUACUUUGUAGGUACUCUACACAAUUCUUAGACUAAACAGAAAUGCUUGAAAAUUGAACAGGAGUUUCAUUAUAAAUUGUAUUUAGUGGCUAACAAAAAAAAGUUGAGUAUAAUGUAGUAUUUUUUUUAUAAUUAUUUUAGUAUUGAAUUCUGACGAAAAUUGUAAAUAUUAUAUUUAAAACGUGUAUAUUCGAACUUUGUUCAGAAUCGUUUUAAAUUCUAGGAGGUACACCCAUCUCAUAAAUAAGGUUCGUCGCCACUGCCUAUAAUAUAAUAUCCAUAUAAAUGCCGUCAAGAAAAUAAACCUACCUAGGACACAGUAGUCCAAAAAUGAAAAUAACUGGCCAAAAAUCGUUUUUUAGAAUUUCAAAAAAUUCAAAUUUUUGUUUUUAUAAAUAAUUUCUACACUAAUUGGAGUUGUACAAAAUUAAUAGCAAAAUGUAUUUAUAUUUAUGGAAAAAUAAAGCAUUUAAGUAGAUAAAAAGUUUUAUUUUAAUAAAUACUGUGAUGUUUGGUUCAUAAUAAUUAUAUAAUUCAAUCUUCUCCACCUAAUAAAAUAGAAACCAAUCAUAGUGAUUAUCAUUUGCUACAUAAAAUAUACAAUCACAGAUAGUAUUUAAUGAUCCAAUUAUUAGAUUAUGAUUAUUAUCGACCCAUAGUAGCAGUUGAAAUUUAUACAUCUAUAAAUAAUACAAAGAUAAAUUCAUACGUUUUUAAAAACCUAUAAAAUAAAAAUUGUUUUUUUCGAGCUUCACAUAUAUAUUAGUACUAUUAAAUAGACCUUAAUCUACUGUACAAAAGUGUCAAUAAUUUAGCUGCGCACUUUUGUGCCAUCCAUUGUAGUAAGCAUUUUAAUUUGAGUAAGUCUAUUAUUUUAUUGUGUACAAAUUCUAUUUUAUUCUCACAACAAAAUAGAUUUAAUACUUAAAAUUAUUCGAAGGAAAAUUCAUGAUAUUAUUAAAUUGAAUACUUAUUUAUUGAAAUAAAUUUAUUAAUACAUGUAUUUAUUUAUUUUUAUUAACUAUGUCAAAUAUGACAGCUAAUCUAAAUAACACGAGUACCUACUCACGAAAGAUUUAAAUUUCAGAUGUCGGAGGAAAUCAAGAUGAUUGAUACCUACAUAAAUGACUCAAUUAAUGAAACAUGGAAUAAAAUAGGAGAUACUUCAAAGAUAAUGAAAGAGUCAGAAAUUGGGAGUGUAAUAUCUGUUAAAAAACCAUGGUUCAAUGAUGUGUGCGAAGAUAUAUUAAAUCAGAGGAACCAUGCUAGAAACCAAUGGCUUAAUGACCAGUAUAAUAAAGAAAACGAAGCCGUGUACAAGAAGUGUCAGAAGAGAGCAAGUAGAAUAUUCAAGAGGGAAAAAAAAAAGUUUACCCGAAAGUUAUUGGAAGAAGCAAAAGCAGACUCUAAAAUGAAAAGAGUGAGCCAGUCGUAUCAAAAAAUAGAAAAACUAACCAUCACUAUAAUUAAUUAAUAAUAACAAGUCCAAUCAAGUCACCCUAAAUACUUAAUCAUAUUAAUUUCUAUAUUAUUUAUCGUCUUAGUGCGAAAACUUUUUCGGUUUUAUUUUACUUGCUUAUUUUACUCGUUUAAUUAAUAUUUCUUUUUUCUCUAGACAUUUUUUUUUUGUUUCUCGAUUUUAUCAAAUAAUAUUCGCUUAUCUAUCUAAAUUUGUUUUCUUACCCUCGUAUUAACUUAUAGUUAAUUAUAGUUCAUUUAAUACUUAAUUUUUAUUUCAACUUCAAUUUCCUUAUUUUACCAGGUGAUCCAUUUUAGUGGGUACACUUAUUAUCUCGGAAAAUAUUAACUUUUUUUGGAAUUUAUUUCCUAAAAAAUUUAAGAAACAAGCUGCUCUACAAUAUUAUAUUUUGUCCCCCUUUUUUGGGUGACCUGUGUUAAAAGUUUCAUAAAUAGAUGGAGUAUUUAACUAAAAUAAAUUUAAUGUUGACAUUUUCGAUUUCUCAAUUUCACAUAAAUCACAUAAAUGAUACUCUACUACACUUCUCCAACCUAUACUUAAAAGUGGAGUACUCUUCAACGAAUUGAUAGAAAUCAAAUUUUACAGCCAAACAAUUUUUUUUAAAAUUAAUACUCUUUCUAUUUAUAGAAUUUUUAAUAUAGGUUGCCACAGACGCGUCUCUACACCUUGACUAUAGUGGGGGGGGGGCGAAAUAAUUAAUUUUAUGUUUAUGAUUGAUGAGAAAAUAAGACAGACAUACUUCGCAUGGUGGGUGGACCACUGUUGUAAAUGAGAAGUUGGAAGGAAGGCUAUAGAGGGAAAUUUUUAAUGUAUAUCCGUAAUCAAAAAUUAAUUCUAGCCAAUGAAAAACGAUUCUGAGUAAGUUCGGUUAACAGUAUUGCUUUUUCAACAAUAUAUAUGUCAUAUUACAGUGAAAUAAAUAUUAUAUUAAAACGAUUUGGACCAGUAAAUAAAUUUGUUCACGUAAAUUUUUACAAAAACAAUUCUUAUAAAAAGAAUAUAAAAAUUACAAUACACUAAAUUAAAUUUUUUUUUUUUUGAUUACGAAGAACGACUUAUAAUUAACCUCCUGUUAAAUUUUCAAGCAUUUCUGUUUUGUCUAAUAAUUUUAUCCACAGAGUACCUAUUAAAUAAAAAUUACUCACAAAAAUUUAAGUGUCUAUAAAUACUUUAAAUAUGGCUCAAAUAUUUUUACAGUAUUAUCAUGUAAAAAUAGGCAAAUAUAAGUUUACUACUUAAAAGUCUACAAAUAUUUUUAACUGAAUAACAAUAAAAAUAAAAUUGAAAAUAAUAAAAGCAUUAUUUUCGUAAAUUUUCCUGUUUUUCUUACGUUUUAUCCUGAGUUGUCCUGAUAUUAUGAAAACUGCUUGAAAAAUCAAAAAAUUACCUUUCUAAAGUACCAUCUAGACAAUAUUUCCUUUCAUAAAUGGUGUCACACGUAUAUAUAGAGACAAGAUUUCUGGUAGAAAUUUUUGUCACAGUAUAAAGAAAAAAAAAUAUUUUUAUAGUAAAUCCAAUACAUUCUUCGAUACUCAGCAUCUAAAAAAUGUGUUAAAUAAUAUAUUGAUUAUAUCUAUUAUAUAGACUUCUGGACCAUUGACUAUGCCAAAUAUUAACGUAAGUUCACUUCUCUCGGUGAGGGGGGGCGAUGGGAAAUUGCCCCCUCAAGGACACACUUUGGUGGACACUUGAAAAUCAAAAGUAGAUAGUGGUUUUACCCCCAAAAAUAUGGGUGACUUAAAAUAACAUAAAUAUAUUAAAUUUUAGAGCAGCUUGUUUCCUAAAUGAUCCAGAAAACAAAUUCUGAAAAAAGUUAAUACUUUCCGAUAUAAUGAGUGUACUAACUUAAAUAGAUUACCUGGUAUACUGUUUUUUUCUUAUAUAUAUAGAUUUUCUUAAAUGGGUUUCCGCCGAUAAUUAUUAACUAAUAUAUAUAUUACAAUUUACUUCAAAAACGAUAACUCCCAAUAUAGUCGUUUAAUUGUCAUGAGCGUAUAACAUUUCAAAAAUGAAUAUGUUUUGUUACAUAGUAAAUUAAAAUGUAACAGUUAUGUAUAACGAUUUGUAAUACUACCUAGUUUUUAUUUUCAAUCGGCAACCUAUAGUGAAAAUUAAAUAAAUAGACGAAGUAUUAGUUUAAAUAAAUAUUGGUGUGGACAUUUUUGAUUUCCGUCAACCCGUUGACAAGAUAUUUUAAUUUAAGAGAAGACUUGUUAAGUGUCAUUUGGUUGGUACUAUGGGUACAUGGUGUUACCAACGGUCCACUACUCUUUUACUAAACAAACGUAAGAGCGAAAUAUCUCAUCAAGGGGUUGACGGAUAUCAAGAAUGUCAACACCAAAAUGUAUUUAAAUUAAUACUCCAUCAUCAUCAUCAUCUAAUGGCUGCACCUUGUCGCGAUAGCCAUAUGUCUCUUUCAUUUGCCACGUUUCUCAGCUGUGAAUAG